GUUCAGUGGUCGGUUUUUCAUCGCAAAAAUAACUUGGUGCCGCUAAUAUUUUGUGAUGAGUUUUUCCGCUUAACAUUUUAUUGAAAGUUAAUAAUUGUAUUAGUUUUCAGAAUAAACUUAAAUUCGUAAAUCUUAAUAGAAUAAUAUCAAUUAAAUUUCGAUACUUUGGGCAUCCGUGCAGUUAAGCUGUCGCACGGUGCCCAUGUGGAAAAUUGAUUACAUUUCAAGCUUGACGACUCUUGAAAUACGCAAACUAGUUUAAAGAAUGGCUGGUGGAAACCAAGCGCGCGUCAUUCAAGUGACGAAUAUUGCACCCCAAGCCACGAAAGAUCAAAUGCAAACAUUGUUUGGUAAUAUUGGGAAAAUUGAAGAAAUCCGUCUAUACCCAACUGUGCGUGAUGUGUCCUGUCCCGUGCAAUCACGCAUUUGCUAUGUUAAGUAUGCGGAAAGUAGCUGUGUUCCAGUAGCUCAACAUCUAACUAACACUGUAUUUAUUGAUCGAGCACUAAUUGUCAUACCUGUGCUGGCAAUUCCUGAAGAAUAUCGCGCAUUGGAGAUGUCCAAAAAUGGGACAAUCGUACCGGGACUACAAAAGCCGGAUUCAAAGUUGCCUCCAGAAGUGAUCAAUCGCAUUGAAGGCCAGUCUCCACAACAGGUUAUAAAAACGUAUGAUCCUAAAUUGUUGGACAACAAUUUGCCCGAAUAUCCAGCAUUGCCAUCGUUUUAUGACGCUAGAAAAAUUGAAGAAAUACGCAGAACAAUAAUCGUAUGUGAUGUGAAGAAUGAAUGGCGUCUUGACGAUUUAAUGGAAUGUUUUCAACGUGCGGGUGAAGUAAAAUACGCAAGGUGGGCGGAGAAAGAUGGUAAAACUUAUUGCAUGAUCGAAUUCUGCGAUCAACCAAGUAUUAUACAUGCUCUUAAAAUGCAAGGACACGAAUUCAAGGGGGGAUAUUUAAAUGUAUAUCAUUCAACUGAUUCCAUAACCAAGCCAGAAGCAAAAUCAAAUGAGGCAGCACAGGCAGAAAUCGAAGAGGCAAUGACUAUUGUAAAAGAAGCUCAAAAUAUGAUUUCAGCUGCAAUUGAUCCCGUAAUUGGUAUGUUGGCUAAGGACAAGCGUCGACGUUCCCGCUCACGUUCAAGAUCUCGUGAUCGGCGCACUAGUCGUUCGCGUUCACAUCGUUCACGCUCCAGACGUCGUUCUCGGUCUCGUACUCGUAAACGCUCCCGUAGCAAGUCCAAACGACGUUCUCGCUCGCAUUCUCGUGGUUCACGUUCACGCAAACGCUCCAGGUCACGAAAACGGUCUCGAUCUCGUCGUAAGAGUCGGUCUCGCUCACGUUCUAAAAGGAGAUCUAGGUCCCGCGACCGUCGUGCCAAACGUUCUCGUUCACGUCAUCGUCGUAGUACCUCGAGAUCGCGUCGUUCCCGAUCUCGUACUAAACGUUCUCGCUCUCGUGAGCGCAAGCGUUCGCACCGUACUCGUGAUGAGAAACGUUCCCGUUCUUCGCGGUCACGCAGCAAACGUCAUUCGCCAUCUCCAUCAACACGGUCACGUUCGAGUCGCAGUAAAGAUAUUGUUCCACCAACAAAAUCGUCUUCGUCUAAGCGACGUUCGCGUACUCCUGAUCGCAAAUUAAAACCUAUUUCAGAAGAUUUAGAAGUAAAAAGCACACGAUCAAGUGUGGACUCCAAGUCUCGCAAAUCUGUUAGCGUGGAAAAAUCAGACAACAUGGAUAUAUCUAAUUCACCAUAACUAUCCUUUUAGUAAUUGAAUGAACAUGUCACUCUUAAGUUAAAGUUUAAAUAUUCGAAUUUCUUCUGUAUAAUAAUUUAUAUUUGAUGUAUAAUAAUUUAUGCUCUAACAUAUUAUACUAUUUUAUACAGAAUUCAAUAUUUCAAGAAUAUACUGUUUGAGAAAUUUUAUUUUCCCCCGACAAAGCUUAUACAAUAAAGAACGCACUCUACCAUCCGCCA